AUGAGUGAUGCAACAAUUCCAUCUUCUUCCUCCAACCCUUUGGUUUCUAGGUUGGACCGUUUAGAUUUCUUGAUGAAAUAUUUGGAGAGAAGAACAAAGUUCCAAGGAUUGGAAAGCAACAAUGAUAUUACUGCUAAUUUUUAUGGGGGAGUAGUGGACAGGAAUGGCUGUAUACCAAUGGAUUUGGCAUUGAAAGAGGUUCAGUUCAAAGGGUCUUUGGUGGAUCGAGUGGCGGCUCUCGAAAGCAGGCUUUUUCAGCUAUGCUUAGACAUAGAAUCAAGUGGUACGUCACGGGCUUCAUCAUCAGGCACUUCUUCUCAAACAUCUGGUGACACUUCUAGUCACCCUUCCAGAGGAGAAUCGUCUUGUUCAUUGCCAACUUUUAACCCUCCCAAUCCCAGUUAUGGAAGUACAAGAAUAUCCCAAGUCCAUGUCAUGAGUACCACUCAUGAAAUUGAGAUUUGA